ACAUCCAACUUUGAUUGUACCUUAGCGAAAUGUCUGAUUUCCAGCGUGGAUUGCAAGCUUAUGAGCGAUUACUCAAGUCUGAUGAAGGCGUGCGUGCUGGCACAUGUCGGAAAUGCGGUGGAAGUGGCCAUUUGACAUAUGAGUGCCGAAAUUUUAUCAAAUUGGAUCCGCCAGCAGCUAAACCAAAGGCAAAUUCUCGCUUUGGCUUCUUGAAGAAACAGCUAGGGGUUGCAAGCUCUGCUUCACCUUCGCCUUCAGCUUCUGCGAGCGGUGGAAUGCCUCAAAUAGUUUCAUCGACAACAGUAGGCGGCGAUAUUGAAAAGACAAAAGCACGGAGAAAGUCGCCUUCAUCAUCUCGACAGAAGGAAAAGAGACAUAGAAGCGCCAGUAGCCACAGUGAUAGCAACAGUGACAGCGAAUACACAUCUUCAGAUUCCUCAUCGGAUUCGGAGGAUGAUCGUCGCCAUAGGAGAAAGAGAAGACAUAAAUCUUCAAGACAUAGAAAAACUGACCAUAGCCGUAGCCGUAGCCGUAGCCGUAGUCGCAGGAUUAGUCGACAUAGACGCCAAUCUUCACGGGACAGGUCUUCGGAUAGACAUGAACGAGAUAGUCGGGACGAUCGAAGAAGUUCAAGAGCUAGUCAUCGCCAAUCACAUUCUCGACGGUCUCGGUCUCGUUCCAUUUCAAAUUCCCCUAUACGUGACAGAUCUAGAUCAAGGGAACGCAGCAAUACAUAUAAUAAGUCGCCGAAACGUGCGGCUAGACCGCGCUUUCGUUCUCAUUCUCGUUCUCGUUCUCGUUCUCGUUCUCGUUCUCACUCGCCCCAGAAUUUGAAGGAAUAUCGAGCAAACUCAAAAUCUCGGUCACCUAGCAUUUCUAGAGGACGACCCCGUACCAGAUCGCGAUCUCCUUCUCUCUCCAGCUCACACACACACUCCUUCCAAGUUACGAGGAGAGAUGAUUCGCGAUCUAUGUCACGUUCUAGGUCACCGAGACGAAGCUCUAAUUUAAGAUCCAGGUCCAGAACCCGUCAUUAAAAAAGCAACUACAAUUUUGAUGAAAGAGUAUUAAGAAAU